CUAUGUACAUAAGUGAUUUUGGUGAUCUUCAUCAAUCUUCAUUCUGAACUGAAUACAUACGAUAUAUACUUCACUUAUCAGAAAGUUAGUGCGUGGAACAGCGUGGAAUUUGUUUUCAACACUUAUUUUGUAUAUAAUUCGCAGCGAGCGGAAAUAUAUUUAAAAUGAGUAGAGUGUUAUAUAUUGCACGUACUCUGAAUGUAUCCUGCAAACGAUACUCAAGUUCUAUGAAAUUACCUCAUAACCUUGUUGUGCCACUAAACAAAGAGAUGAUUGUCUGCUGGCAUCCAGAACAAGAAUUUCCAUAUGAACAUUCAUUACCAUUACCAGAAGAAAAGGAAAUCUCAUCGAAGUCUGUUUUAUGCAUUGGCAAAAAAGAGAUUGCAGAUGUUUUCUAUCGUAAUAAAAAAAGACAAGCAGUUAUCGAUGAGCUUGCUAAAAUGACAUAUACUACUAAACAUAGGUGGUAUCCAAAAAAAAGCAGAUUCAGGAAAAGGGAGAUAUUUAUAGAACCAGAAAGACCAUACUUAUAAAAGAGCCCAAGCAAUGUAUCCUACUGAAGUGAUUUUAAA